AGCAUAUUUAAGUGCUGCAGGGGGAAAAGAGUAAAAGAUGGUGGGAGCAAGGGAUGGACUUUGCUUUGGGAAGGAAAAAUAACCCAGCAAGAUUUGGGACUUCCUCUGCUAAAGGCUUUAUAACAGCAGAUUGCUUUGAGCUGAUCUUUAACCUCCCUUUGGACAGCCGUACAAGAACAACUUGGCAUGACCUUUGCUCAGUUGUCUUUUAAGAACAAGAAGUGGGAAUUCUGGGGGUUCAGAGCCAGCGAGAUUCCCUCAAGGCAAGUGUGAUAGCUGCAGAGAAAAGUGCAAGACAAGCAUAGUAACGAAGAUGGCAGGCAGCAAAAAACACAGUAUGGAAGAAGAAGCUCAGAAAACUCCCAGAUUUCAACAAAAGACUCUGACAGCACCUGCUCCAUUUGCGGAUGAAACAAGCUGUCAGUGCCAAGCACCCCAUGAGAAGUUAACCAUUGCUCAAGCCCGCCUGGGAACACCAGUUGACAGACCUGUCAGAGUGUAUGCAGAUGGAAUAUUUGACCUCUUCCAUGCCGGCCAUGCUAGAGCCCUUAUGCAAGCCAAAACUCUAUUCCCAAAUAGCUACUUAUUAGUAGGAGUUUGCAGUGAUGAUUUAACUCAUAAAUUCAAAGGCUUCACUGUGAUGAGUGAAACUGAGCGAUAUGAAGCCCUCAGACACUGUCGUUAUGUGGAUGAGGUCAUCAGAGAUGCACCCUGGACGCUGACACCUGAGUUCCUUGAAAAACAUAAGAUUGACUUCGUAGCACACGAUGACAUCCCGUACUCUUCCGCUGGAUCGGAUGACGUGUAUAAACACAUAAAGGAGGCAGGAAUGUUUGUACCUACGCAGAGAACCGAAGGUAUCUCCACGUCGGAUAUCAUCACACGGAUCGUCCGGGACUACGACGUGUACGCCCGGCGCAACCUGCAGCGAGGAUACACCGCCAAGGAGCUGAACGUCAGUUUUAUAAACGAGAAGAAAUACCGCUUUCAAAACCAAGUAGACAAAAUGAAAGAAAAAGUCAAGAAUGUGGAGGAAAAGUCAAAAGAAUUUGUUUACAAGGUGGAAGAGAAGAGCCAUGACCUCAUCCAGAAAUGGGAAGAAAAGUCCAGGGAAUUUAUUGGCAACUUUUUAGAGCUGUUUGGACCUGACGGAGCUUGGAAGCAGAUGUUCCAGGAACGAAGUGGCCGAAUGCUCCAGGCUUUUUCUCCCCGGCAGAGCCCAAACAGCAGUCCUACACGAGGCCGCUCUCCAUCCCGUUCUCCAUCUCCACCCUGGGUCAUCAAUAAGACCUCCCCUCCCUCUUCUCCAAAAGCUGCCUCUGCCUCCCUUAGCAGCAUGAGCGAGGGAGAUGAGGAUGAAAAAUAAAAAUAUAUAUUUUUUUAACCAUGAGACAGAAGAACAAGCUAUGAACGCAGCCAGUGGAUGGGGAGAAGCAUGAGGAACACCAGAAGUAUCUCUGACAGCAGGGAUCGUGCUCUGGGAGAUGUCAAAAAUGAACUGGAGCACAGCAAGGGAGAUCUCAGGAAGAGCUUAUCCCAUUCCCUCACGGUGCUGGAGGCCCAGCCAGCAGCACUUGCCAGGCACAGCCCCGGGGACUGACAGAAAAACACACGCAUGUGCAAGUUCCUGCCCAUCUUGCUGCUUUCCAGCUGCUGCUCCAGGUCAGGCCCCUGGGAGCUCUGCACCAAAGGGGCCUGGCAGGAGGAGCCCAGCUGGCUCCUGAUCCGGACCCAGCACACAGUAAGUGGUGGCUGCAGCCUGCAGAGAGAGAACCCUGCUGAUCUUGAGCUCUUCUGGCACAUGAAAGAAUGGCAUUGCUGCAGCAACAAUGGUGAGAAGCAGGGAAUAAAGCUAGGUUUUCCUUUUGAAUAACAUCCGUCCCAGGGCCCAGAUAAUGCACUGAAAUGAAGAGCUCUCCAGGCAACUUGGUGGAAAUCCACUGAACAUAUUCAGUGCUGCUUGUUGACCAAGCCUCUGUGUAGGGUGUAUGUAAAGAGUUGGGCUUUUUGCUUUAUCAAAUCACUCCCCAUGUUCCUAGUGCCUGAACAGCUGCCUAAGCACUUCUGGUUUGCUCCCUGGCUUUGCACCUCGAAGACAAGAAAGUAAAUGAAAAGACAGCCCGAGCUAGAAUGUGGUGGUGUAGGAAAUGAGACAAUUUGAAGAUGCUGAUGGGUUUUACUGGUGAAUUAUAAAAACAUCCCAAGGCCUUGGGAUGUGGCCUCCUAGGAUAACUUGCUGCUCCCAGCUGUGUAUUGGCAAAUGACAAGCAAACAGUGCCAUUGUCACAUGGUUCUCAGCCAGUUAAACAAACUUCUCGUCAAACUCUAAACAAGAUGUGUUCACAGACAUACUGCACCUGCAGAGGAACCCAAGGCAUUUCCUCUACACUAAUAUGGAAGAAAAAAAAAAAAAAAAAAGGAAACUUUUUGAACAGGAUUAGGCACAGCUAUUUUCUCUCUACAUCCAUGACACCUGUACAGCCCCAAGCAGAAACAGAGGGUAGCACAGGUGAAGCUCUCCCCUCAAUGCUGAUCUUCCUAGUUGGCAAAGCCAGUCCUGCAUGACAUCUGGUUCCAUGUUCAGUCCCUGCUGAGGUGGCUGCAGGAGCUGGCAGGAUUCCUGAGCCCUGGGGCUGCUCUGCCCCACAGCUGCAGGAAACCCCCACUGCUGUGGGGGGCUGUGCCACUGACACCCUUUGGCUCCCAAGCUUGCCUGGCACAGCUGCCUCAGCACACACAUUUGAGGUUCUCCAGCCCCGCAGGUAAAGGCUGCUGCUGGCCCUGUCUCACAGGCAGCCUGCUGGGCACAGCCUCAGGCAGCCUGAGACGGGGGCUGCAGCUGCAGCAUCACUGCUGUGCCUCUGCUGCCUGGAAUUGUAAACCCACCAGGACACACUGGCUGCUGUGGGCAGCACCAGUCAGCACCUGCUGGUUCCCUGCGCAGACAGUGCUGGGAGAGGGACGGCUCCACGUCACUCUUGGAUAAAAACUGAGGGACCAAGAUGCCUGAGUGUGUGGGGCAGUUGUGCUUGCUGGCAUCAGCACCCCCCAGCUGCUGUCCUAACUGCGCUGGGUGACCUGGUUGGUAGGUAGACUCCUUUCCAGAUACCUUACAGACCUUGGUACCAGGCACCAAGUUAGCCCCAUACUCUGCUCACUCCCUAGUGCUUUCAUCCCUCCUCCACUAUGAGGUAACCGAUUCUUCUUUGGGAACGUUUUGCUAGACACUUCUCACACUCCCACAAGACCAAGUUUGCAGCAUCUCGUGGACUUUGUUCUCUGGAGUUAAGCUAGUUCCUUCACAGAGCUGCAAAAACAGGUGAGCAGGAAAUAGGGUGGAAUGUGCAAAGCCACAGCGACUCAGCUGCCGCCAGCUGUGCGUCCGACGGGACGAUGCAAUUAUGACCUUUCUCAGCCUUAGGCAACCUGUUACUGUAAUUUCAUACCUGGGAUGCACUUGUCAGUUUUUCUGAUCCUUUGCAAGUCUUAAGUCUUCCCAUCAGAAACCAAUCCUCCACCACAGGAACUGCCUGCUUCUACUGGUGCUGUUGAUAGACGAGUCACGUCCAAAUGCAAUGGAGGUGGGCAAGGAUUUGUUCUUCUUGGCUUUUACCGUUGUUUUUGUUCAUUUUACUUUCCUAGCACUUAACUGUUCAGCAGCCCUUGCACAGUGGUUUGAGUGGAGACAGCACCACAACUUGUAGAGGGAAACUAGAAAAAAUCUCGCCAGUGACCUGUUCUUAACAGAAGCUGUUUCUCAGGGUCAUAGGUGGCUACCCAGCAACAAAGCCAUAUUCUGUACCAGGUGUCUUGUUUGCAUUUAGGAUAUCACUAAGCUGAAGCUUUUGCCCUGCUGGUACAUUCAUGUGCUGUCUCCAGCAAGCCAGAACCCCAUGGUGUCUGGACACGUGGAAGGCAGUUUUGCACUUCUGAGGCAUGGUUGGGUUUUCCUUUUCACAAGUGUUGCUUUAAUUUAGUCCUAUUUAUCAGCCAAGCUCCACAUGAACAAUAAAGUGUAUGACAGACACAGCUGCUUCUCCCCUUCAUUUUACAGCAUCUUCGGACACGUGAACACAACCUGCAGAGGAAACCCCACUGAUGGCACAGUGCUGUCAUCCCCAUCCUUGGUAGCCCAGGGCUUUACGCCCCCACAAACCAUGAGAGCUGCUCUGCCAGCAUGCCCAAAAUGCUGCUGCUUGAGUUCUGCUGCUCUCUGCACAAACAGAAUCACCUCUCCUUGCCUUUACCUUGCAGCCAGAAAAAUGUGGGUGAAGGUGGGGAAGUGCAGUCCCAGCUGGAAGGGUGCAGCAUUAGACUUCAGCAGUCUGAUACUUUCUUUACUUAUUCUGGAACCAGGAACCACUAUUUUAAUUCCUUUUUCAAAGUGGAAGAAACAAACGGUGCUUUUGCAGCCGUUCUGGUUCCACUGCUGAAAACCAUCCCCAGCAGCAACUGAGUUGCUCUCGUGGGUGCCAAGAUGAUGUAUGGUUGUGCCACAUGGAAAACUGCAGCAGCAAACAUGAGCCCCAGGGACAAAUCCUGACACUGGCUUUUGGACUCGACUGUUCUUGAACCAAGUCAGUCUGGUGUACAAAUAUUCCUGCUUUGCUCUUUCCCAUUUGUCCUUUCUUUAAGAAGUCAGUACUUGUAAGCAGCUCUGAAGAUUAUUUAUUCAGUAGUCCUGCCUCAGGCAGGGAGAAGCUGAGACAGUGAAUGGAGGCUCAGGACUUCCUAGCCAAGAUAUUUUUAAUUACAGAACAAGCAAAUUUCAAAGUCAUUGAGAAUAGGAGAGAAACUAUUUAAUGGCAAAGAGUCCAAACCAAAACACUCCCAGAUAAUACAAGGUUACUUGAUAUCACCUGAGAUGGAUUUGGGUCUGUUUUCAGCAGUGCUUUGGUACCACUUGGGAGAUGCAUAAGGAACAUCCCUGGGAACAGCGUACAGCCCAGCCCAGAACAAACCCUUAUUUUGGUUCAUGGCAAAGCCCUCAGGAACAAGGCAGCCCCUGAACCAACAUCGGGCCUGUCAGCUCAGCAGGAAGAUGCUACAGUAAAUUUGCUUGUAAAAGGGUACCAAACCAUCAUGGAAAGUCUCCUGCGUGGUAGCGCGUAACUCCCCGACCUUCGCACAAAACAGCCAAAAAUGAGGCAGAAAACGGAGCCAGGGCUUUGCCUCUUGCAUGGAGAUCCUUUCAAGUACCAAACCAUCUUGAGAAAUCCUCUUCUGAUUGGAUUUUGACAGGAGAUUGCUUUCCUCUCAAAACACAAUGUGUAUCCUGCAAGCACACACACACAGGUAUUUUCUGCCCUUUUCUUUCCAAAGGGAAGGCCCUCUCCUGGUGUAAGGAAGGGCAGCAUUAACAUUUCUAAUCCCAAUGGAAAUCAAGGCCACUGCUUCAUAGCUCUGCCUGAGGGAAAAGGACACAGAUAUAGACUGAAAUAAAAAUAACUGAAAGCCUUUGAAACUGAAAGGACGUGCAAUUUCACUGUGCUAAUUGGGAAAUGCGGGACUGAGACUCCAGCAAGAACUGAGGUUCUUCCCAGGACAAGCGUGUUUGCCAGAUCUCCCUGUGGAAUGCAGCAGGCUCCCAUGUUACAACCAGUUCCUCAGAUAUGAGACCUGAGCUUCCCUGCCCCAGCAGUUACUCAUGGCCAGUUCAAACAGUUCCUUCCCACCUGGUAUCUCCAUCCCCUUUCAGAUACUCUGUCCUACAGCAUCAAUCCCUGCUUCAACAAGGAACAGGGAAAACUGCAAGUUCGGAGCCAGCUGAGGCAGUUCUGCCUUUCCCACAAACGCAGUUUAAUUUUUUUAAUGUUUAAUGGGGUUAAUCAAGACAAAAAUGUUCCAUUGUCUCAAAGCAACUAUUCCUGUGCCUAACCACGUGACAGCAGGAACACUCAAAGGGAAAAUCCUCCUUGGCAGCACCAACCAGGCUGCAUGUGCUCAUCAAGUCUCACACGUAUUUCAACUUCUAGAGACAGCUUUGAUAGAAUAAAUUAUGUCUUCUUCAGCACA